CUUUUCAGAUGAGCGAAUGAAUGGCGAGCGGAGACAGAGUGCAGCAGAGCCCCAGACUUGCUGACCUAAAUCAAUCCCCAGUCAUGUCUGGGUGGAGAGAGAGGCAGGGCAGACAGGCUUGGAGAGAGAGAGAGAGAGAGAGAGAGAGAGAGAGAGAGAGAGAGAGAGAGAGAGAGAGAGAGAGAGAGAGAGAGAGAGAGAGAGAGGCAGGGCAGACAGGCUUAGAGAGAGAGAGACAGAGAGAGAGAGAGAGAGAGAGAGAGAGAGAGAGAGAGAGAGAGAGAGAGAGAGAGAGAGAGAGAGAGAGAGAGGGAGUGCCUUACCUUCACUUCACUUCCAGUCCAGAAACCAGCACCUAGUGUCGCAGCCAACCAGCCAUCGUGUGGAGAGUCCUUGGGAUUGCAGCGCAGAGCGGCGAGACUUUCAGGACAGACAAUACAGCAUCCUUUUUGGCUGGGCUGUGAAGCUGACGGUUGAUAUCCAGAGAGAACCAACGCCUUUCUCUUGCUGACAAUUUCAAACACUUUGGUCUGAUAGAGCCGAGCAGCGACCCAGUUGAAGGAAUAAAAAUGACAUGCAUAAUGGAGCGAGACAUCGGAGCCAACUGUCAGGAAAAAUCAGGCUCUGGGAGAUUAAAUCAUUCAUGCUAUGAAUUUACACUUUCAUAUUAUCUCCACCUACCCCUCAUAUUAUCUCCACCUACCUCUCAUAUUAUAUCCACCUACCCCUCAUAUUAUCUCCACCUACCUCUCAUAUUAUCUCCACCUACCUCUCAUAUUAUCUCCACCUACCUCUCAUAUUAUCUUCACCUACCCCUCAUAUUAUCUCCACCUACCUCUCAUAUUAUCUCCACCUACCUCUCAUAUUAUAUCCACCUACCCCUCAUUAUCUCCACCUACCUCUCAUAUUAUCUCCACCUACCUCUUAUAUUAUCUCUACCUACCUCUCACAUUAUCUCCACCUACCUCUCAUAUUAUCUACACCUACCUCUCAUAUUAUCUCCACCUACCUCUCAUAUUAUCUCCACCUACCCCUCAUAUUAUCUCCACCUACCCCUCAUAUUAUCUCCACCUACCCCUCAUAUUAUCUCCACCUACCUCUCAUAUUAUCUCCACCUACCUCUCAUAUUAUCUCCACCUACCUCUCAUAUUAUCUCCACCUACCCCUCAUAUUAUCUCCACCUACCUCUCAUAUUAUCUCCACCUACCUCUCAUAUUAUCUCCACCUACCUCUCAUAUUAUCUCCACCUAUCCCUCAUAUUAUCUCCACCUACCCCUCAUAUUAUCUCCACCUACCCCUCCUUUUAUCUCCCCAUACCUCUCAUAUUAUCUCCACCUACCUCUCAUAUUAUCUCCCCCUACCCCUCAUACUAUCUCCACCUGCCUCUCAUAUUAUCUCCACCUACCUCUCAUAUUAUCUCCCCCUACCCCUCAUAUUAUCUCCACCUACCUCUCAUAUUAUCAUCACCUACCUCUCAUAUUAUCUCCACCUACCCCUCAUAUUAUCUCCACCUACCCCUCCUUUUAUCUCCCCAUACCUCUCAUAUUAUCUCCACCUACCUCUCAUAUUAUCUCCCCCUACCCCUCAUAUUAUCUCCACCUGCCUCUCAUAUUAUCUCCACCUACCUCUCAUAUUAUCAUCCCCUACCCCUAAUAUUAUCUCCACCUACCUCUCAUAUUAUCUCCACCUACCCCUCAUAUUAUCUCCGCCUACCCCUCAUAUUAUCUACACCUACCUCUCAUAUUAUCUCCACCUACCCCUCAUAUUAUCUCCACCUACCCCUCAUAUUAUCUCCACCUACCCCUCAUAUUAUCUCCACCUACCCCUCAUAUUAUCUCCACCUACCUCUCAUAUUAUCUCCACCUACCCCUCAUAUUAUCUCCACCUACCUCUCAUAUUAUCUCCACCUACCCCUCAUAUUAUCUCCACCUACCCCUCAUAUUAUCUCCACCUACCUCUCAUAUUAUCUCCACCUACCCCUCAUAUUAUCUCCACCUACCCCUCAUAUUAUCUCCACCUACCCCUCAUAUUAUCAUCACCUACCUCUCAUAUUAUCUCCGCCUACCCCUCAUAUUAUCUCCACCUACCCCUCAUAUUAUCUCCACCUACCUCUCAUAUUAUCUCCACCUACCCCUCAUAUUAUAUCCACCUACCUCUCAUAUUAUCUCCACCUACCCCUCAUAUUAUAUCCACCUACCUCUCAUAUUAUCUCCACCUACCCCUCAUAUUAUAUCCACCUACCCCUCAUAUUAUCUCCACCUACCCCUCAUAUUAUAUCCACCUACCUCUCAUAUUAUCUCCACCUACCUCUCAUAUUAUCUCCACGUACCCCUUAUAUUAUCUUCACCUACCUCUCAUAUUAUCUCCACCUACCUCUCAUAUUAUCUCCACCUAUCCCUCAUAUUAUCAUCACCUACCCCUCAUAUUAAGCUGCAUCUAUUUUCCAGGUAUAAGUAAUGACAUUAGUGAAUGUUACCAGUAUUGUACAAUUAUCCUCCUCCCAUCUCCACCCAUACUUGGGGUGUUAGG